CAGAAAGAUGUUGUUUGCUUCAUGUGGACUACGCACUACUUAACAAGCAUCCUAUGAAGUCAUGGCCUCCAGUUGUCCCCUCCUCCUGUUGGUCCUCUUGUGCAGUCUGACUGUGACUGAAGCCCAGCUAAGGCUGUUUAACCUGCGGGCCAGCGAUCUUCCCUCCAACAUCCUGGGAACCACAGAUGGUUAUGUCAAGGUUUAUUGUGGCGCCACCUAUGUGGGUGAAACAUCUGUUCGCAACAAUAACCAAAACCCCUGGUGGGAGGAGGAGUUCACCCACUUCAAGGCCCAGGAGAAUGAAGUACUGAGGCUGGAGGUUCAUGACAGUGACUUCUUCUUUGAUGACCUGGUGGGAGUUUGCCAGAGACAGAUGAAGCAGGGGACCCAUGAGCACGACUGCUACCUGGAGAAAGGCGGGAUCCUCCAUUACUCCUACACUCUUGGUUGAAAAAGUCAUAGAUGCAUGUGACCCUGUGGCCUGAUCUGUAUUGAUCACAGUAUGACUAAUUCUUGAUGCAUGGUUUUAAGAGACUAGUGCAUAGGUUCUCUGAGUCCUCAUCCCAAUAUUUAGGGUUUUGAUCAAUCACAUCAUUUUCACAUUGCCCAAAAACAUCUUAACUACUUUAUUCACUCAACUUUGUGAACCUUCAUUCCAAUCUCUUUAUGCUUAAUCAUGGAUAACAACCCCGCUGCCCUGUUUGUCAAAUAAAAAUAAACAUUC